GGACUUAAAGUUGCCCAGCCCGAAGCAAUUAUGCUGAGUGAAGUACACACACAAUUAAUGAUUCUUCCAUGAGUUCGGGAACUGAAGCGGAGAGCUCAAAGCGAAAAAUGCGGAUACCGAAACCUAAAACGACGAGCCUCCGAAAACUUUGCAGGGCUGUGAUUAUAAGGAACACAGGAUUACAUCGACUACGGAGAGCGCGAAAAGAUCUUCCUUUGCCGCGAAAUUUAAUUGACUUUUUGACAUCGGAUUUCAGCUUUCGAGAGUUUGAGAUGCAGAGCUUAAAUCUCCCCAGAGAUAUGCGAAUUCACUGUAUUUAUCCAGCCUGCAGCUUGCUGGACGAUUCUAAGGUUCUUUUGAAGUGCAUAAACGUCAAAGCUUGUACUUCCACGACUGUUUCGCGUCUGUUGGACAAAUGGGCAGAUAUAAAUCACAAGAACAUAAUGAAGCUGUUGUUGUGGUUCAGAGAGCAAGAAACCGUAGCUGUGGUAUUGGAGCCAUUUCCAAAGAGUCUUUACGAACUAGUGCAAGAAUAUCGCAAAGCAGGUGUUAAAUUCUCGGAAUGGCUUUUGUGGAAAAUGCUUCAUCAAAUCUGCGAUGUUUUGUGGUAUUUACAGAGGCGGCAGAUGGUGCACGCGGAGAUCCAAACCAAAACUUUGUCCCUCUCAAAAACGGGAGAUAUUUUGCUGCACAAUCUGUUAAUUUAUACGCCCAGCGAAACAGAGCUGAACGUCUGUGUGGACGGCAAAGAUUCCUUCUAUGGAAUUUACGUUGCCCCGGAGAGGAUACGGGGACAGAAACACUCGAACAAACAGGAUUCAUGGUCGCUCGGCUGCGUGGCCUACGAGUUGGCAUUUCUGGAACCUGCUUUUCCUUUGCACCAGGGUGAAAAUAUUUUUGAAACCUUGAAUAAUGUUGUCAAUGGGGUCCCUCCGGCAAGACUACAAGAGGCAGAGAACUUAUACAGCCCCGACCUUGGGUAUCUAAUCAUGUCUUGUUUAAUACCCGAGCCUAGGUUGCGGCCCACGAUCAAGGAUGUUUUUUACUUCACAAAAGAACGCAUGCACUCAACAAAACCGAAAUAAUCAUGAGAUGAAUUUUUUUACGUUUUGUCCGCUUGACUGGACUUGUACGAAUUUUAGUUUAUUUAUGGUUACAGCUGUUUCAGUUCCGCGUUAGCGGGACUUCUAAUCACUGAGAAACAUUGCAUUGUUUUUAUUAAACCGCGGAUUUAGGCAGCGGUCAGGCAUGGACAAAUUGUGUCAGGUGUCCUAACAGGUGCUAUCAAUGACGUCACGCAACACCUUGAGCUCCAAAAACGGCGAUCUACUGUUAUGGCUUGGUUAGAGUUUCACCAAGUUUAGAAUUUACACUGUCUAGCUAGGUGGGGCAAACACUCCGCUUUAUUGUAAAUAGUCAAAAUUAGAGGAGAAGCUUAAAACCUAGAAGAUAUUUAGUUUAUUUAACUGGAAAAUUAGUAUGAGGUUGUGGAGAUCUUUCACUGGUAUCCACAACUUCAAAUUUUGUCAAAUUAUUUAAUGACAAAAACAAUCGUUUCAUAUUCAUUUUUCAGUCUUACGCCCCGUGCACACAACGCCGGAGAAAUCUGAAAACAGCGUUUUCAUGCACUCUGAAAACGAAUUAAAUGCUUUCUGUCCACGCUACCUGGAUCGAAGAAAUUUGAAAACGCAACAAUCACCGGCAGCAGAAACGCUCGAGAGUUAGGGUUUAUCACAUGAUUAUCGUGACGUUUUCGUUUUCGAAAAGCUCCAAAAAAAAUUUUCCGUCCAUACGAAAACGCAAAGCCGUCGUUUGCAAAUCCCUCCGGUUUGAAGAGCGUUUUCGAAAAGCUCCGUUUUCAUGACGGUAAUCCUAACCGUAAGCAAUAAAGCCGGGUUUUCAAAUUUCUUCCUGGGUAGUGUCUACCAAAAAGAACAUGCUAAAUGCUGCCAGAUACACCUCAAGUUUUCUUUUCUUUCACGCUGGCGUGAUUUUCACUUUCCACAACUGAAAAAUGCCAAUACGGAGUUGACCAUUCUUUUCGCUAUCGGUAACAAAGCAGGUUGCAUGAAAAAAGAAAAAGAAAAAGAAAAAAGUACUGAAGUUUUCUUAAUCAUUUCUGCUGGCCGUAUAGUCAUCAAAAUUCAGCUGAACAGAACCAAUUUCUACCAUUUUUAUCAAGGAAAUAUUUGCCUUUUGUAUAAAGAUUUUACCAGCAAUCAAAAAGUAAUAAAUUUUUAUGGAGAUUUUGUAUAAGUGGACAAAAAAGAUUAAUUGUAUUUAUUGAUAUCGCAUAUGUAUGUCUUGAUAGAAAAUCUGAGAAAAUAAACGCACAUGUUAACUUUGAA